GGUCAAGUAUUCGGUACCUAAGAUUAUUACGUGGCUACUACAUUUAACAAGUACUAUAUACCCGCCCGGGUACUCUGCGGGCAGCCAAAGUGCCUCGGCAGUUUCGGGGGAAGCUUAAAGAGUCUCCGCCCUUCCACUACUUCUUGUCUUCUCCUUCCUCCUCCAUCUCUCCCCCAUAUUUUCCUUCUCAGAGACCUGUGUGUUAAUUUUCUCUUUUUUUCAUAAUUCAUCAUGGCUGCAGACCGUUUAAGCUCCAUCUUGAGCCACCUCAAGGGCACCAGCAAUGGACUCAGCGCUAUUACUCAGAAGAACCCUGACGACGUCGUCAUCACACUAUCACUGCGCACUCCCUUGACCAAGGCUCGUAAGGGUGGCUUCAAGGAUACCGAGUUGGACUAUAUUGUGUACGCUCUGUUGAAAGAGACUUUGGCUCAGUCCAAGAUUGACCCUGCCCUGGUUGAGGAUGUCUGCCUCGGUAAUGUCAACGAGGCCAAGGCCGCCUACAUGGUCCGCGCCGCCUCACUGGCCGCCGGGAUCCCUCACACCGCGGGUGCCUCAUCAGUGAACCGCUUCUGUUCGUCCGGCCUUAAGGCCGUGCAGGAUAUCGCCAACCAGAUCUCCAUGGGUGCCAUCGACGUCGGUAUCGCCAUGGGUGCAGAGCUGAUGUCUGCUCCUGGCGACCGUCUCGACCGACCAUUCAACGAGGAGGUCCUUCGCAACCGGGAGGCUGCCGACUGCAUGCAGCCCAUGGGUCAGACCUCCGAGAACGUUGGAAAGGACUUUGGCAUUUCGCGUGAGCAGCAAGAUCGCUAUGCUGCCGAGUCGUUCCGUCGUGCCGAGGCUGCCCAGAAGGCCGGCUGGUUCGAUGACGAGAUUGCGCCUAUCUCCGUGAAGGUCAAGGAUCCCAAGACUGGCGAGAUCCACCAGGUCACUGUCACUCGCGAUGAUGGAAUUCGCCCCGGAACCACCUUUGAGUCUCUGUCGAAGAUUCGCCCCGCAUUCCCUCAGUUCGGUGAUAAGUCGACUGGUGGAAACUCCAGCCAGGUCACCGAUGGUGCCGCCUCUGUCCUCCUGAUGCGCCGCUCUAAGGCCAUCGAGCUGAACCAGCCCAUCCUGGCCAAGUUCUGUGGCGCGACCGUCGCCGGUGUUCCCCCUCGCGUGAUGGGUAUCGGCCCUACCGCCGCCAUCCCCAAGCUGCUGAGCAAGUUCAACCUGGACAAGAACGACAUUGACAUCUACGAGAUCAACGAGGCCUUCGCCUCAAUGGCCGUAUACUGUAUCCAAAAUCUGGGUCUUGAUCACGCCAAGGUGAACCCUCGUGGUGGCGCCAUCGCCCUGGGCCACCCGCUCGGAGCCACUGGCGCGCGCCAGAUCGCCACGAUCCUCAGCGAGGCGCGCCGGACGAAGAAGAAGAUUCUGGUCACUAGUAUGUGCAUUGGUACUGGCCAAGGUAUGGCUGGAUUGUUUGUCAAUGAGCAGGUGUAAAUAUGUGUGUCUCCCACACUACAGGUCAGAUAGUAUGUACUCAAAACCAAUCGUACCGAAUUAAAAUAUCAUGCGAAACUCGUGCGUUUCCCCUGUAAUUUACACCCGAGCG